CAUUCAAUGUAUGUUUGCUAAAUAUAAUAUCAAAUAAAUCUAAUUUCAAAAUUAUAUCAGUGCAUCUUAGCCGAAUUAAAAUUGCCAUUUUUUUACUUCACGGUGGGCAUGUCAUGCUCCCGUUCAUUUCAAAUGUAUUUACUGAUAACGAGGCGAUUUAAAUAAGCGAAUUAAAUCGGAUUAUCAAUUUGAGGGAAAAGAAUGAAAAAAUUUCGAAGAAAAAAAGAGUGUGAUAGACACGAAAACAUGUUUUUUAUUAAGUGAUGAUGGGGGGCAUUUUUCUAUCAGUCAACCGAUAGUCGUCUUUUUGCAAGUGAUAAUCAAUGCGUAAUGAAUUCAAUUCAUUUUGUUUGAAAAAUAAAGCUUCAUUAUCGUCACUUCACCAAUCUGCCCUGACGUACAAACAAAACAAACCAAGACACAGACACACACACACAAAAAAAACGAGUGAAAAAAAACCAACGCACACUUAAUCAAAUAUGACACCAGCCUUCUGUAUUUAGUGUCACAAAUGUUGCGCAUCUUAAUACUUUCAACAACAAUAUUUUGUUUUGUUUUUAGACAUUUAAUGCUCGCCAAAAUGACCUCGUUUUAUUUCAACGAUAACAGUUUGCACGAAGACUCAUUGCUUAGAAUUAAAUAACUGUAAACUUUUGAAACUAAUAAACAAUACUCAUGACAGAUUUGCUUAGUUUUUUUUGAUGAAGUGACAAACAAAAUGAUGACAGGCGCAUUUUUUAAAAAUGUCACUCAUUGGCACAAUAUGAACAUACAAAAUAAAUGUUGCGAGUAAUAGAGAUUCUAUUGCAUUGACAAUUGGCAAGUCACAAAAAAAAACCCGUGCUCUUUCCACUUUCCAAUACACGCCAAACAGCCAAAAUAAUUGUGAAACUAAAAUAUACAUACGAAUUAGAACCGUGGCCGAAAAGUAUGGCAUCAAGUCAAAAUCAAUCGCCAGAUUUGGCCGAGAGAAGAUCAUGUCCGGAAAAUCAAACAUUCUACUUGGAUUCGAUUAGCAAAUCAAUUCACAAAAUCGUCAUCAAUUCAAAUAACAUGCGAUUCAAAUCCGAUGUCAGUAAAGCAUUGAAUGUUAAAAUUAGCCGACGAAAGAAAUCGGUACAGAAGAGAAUCAUAAAUUUAUUGAAGACCAAUUAUGAAAAUAACGGACCCCUGGAAACAAAUUCCAACGAUGACAUCAGCACAUCACAACAAGCAGCAUCACAAGAAAUUUCACUGUCUCAAGAAUUCUUUCGAGGUCUACAAGAUUAAGGUGGUUUCGACAGUCAAAACUCAAACAUUUAUUUGUUUAUUGAACACAAUUUAUUACUCUCGCUAUUGAUUCGUCAAAAUAAAGCAUCGAUGACAGAAAUCAUAAUGCACUUUUCUUAUAUAAU